GGACGCCACUGAAGUCGCUGAAGAUCUUAAUGUCAACCAACCUCGCUGAAAUGCCGUUUUCAUGCAGACCCCUAUCCUCCUGCACAGGCUUACAAGUGCGACGUCACCAAUGCUAAGCAGACACUUAUCGCUUCUUGGACCUGAACCAAGUGGCACCCCGGCUAGGACCCCGAAACUCAAAAUUUCAACAUCGCGCUCAACAGCGUCAAGGCUGCCAAACGGCGCCUUUGCGCAACCAAACUAACCCAUAUAGACCGCUCUCUAUCUAGAUAUACAUCAAUAAACUCCAAAAAACAACUAAAACAAGUAUAUAACUCAAAAACAGUACUAACAUGCCCACAGGAAGGCAAGCCCCCGGAAGCGGAACAGGCCCUCCCAAAUCCAAUUCCCCGAUCCCAAGCAACGGUCCCAAUACCCGGAGAACCACCAGAACUAACAUAUCACUCGAAGAGAUCAUCGCAACACCCAGCAAUGUCAUGGACACAGACAGCGCCGAGAAGUUCCUCGCCUCCAAACUGUUAUGUCACGAAGGCCAACCAUACACGUUGACACACCUUGUCUCCAUCCUCUUCCACAUCACUCAGAUGUCAGCUGUUACCCCGGUACCGGUUACUGCAGCAAUUAGGGCCGUUGCCUUCAUUCUGAAGAAACAAAUUGCUUGCGAAAUAGCGGACGCGGCUGCUCAACGUCUCGCUGAUACCCUCACCAAUUCCUUGUCUGAAUCAAUAACUUAUCGCUUAGUUGACCACGCAAUAGCAGCCCUCGCGCCUCAAGUAGCGGAGGUACACACCGCCUCACAAGCCCUAGCCAAAACGGCCCAACAAGCGGAAAAUACCUUGAUCUCGUCACUCGACAAAGCCGAACGCCUACACCGCAUUGCAAGAGACGAGAGAACAGAACAAGAGGGUGGAGUUUCCAUAGCUGCGGAACGACUGGAGGAGGCGGCAGAUGCUUUAUACACUUCGGUCGUCGACUGUCAGAACGCCAUCAAAGUCCUCACCCCAUCGCUAGACGUCACGCAAGACAGAAUCAACCAUCUCUCCACGCAAAUGUUGUCGACCCCACCACCUACGCAAGUCCAUACUCCGCCAACAUACAGCACAGUGGCAGCAGCGCACCUCCCACCUAAGGUAGACCAAGCAGUAGGCCGGGCGGCUAUCAGAGCCCGCCAAAUUUUACUCGACCCUAACCCAGGAAAGCCUCCAUUCCCUCCCACCGUCACUAACAAAGAGAUAGCCACGCGAAUGAAGGAAGCAUUAGCUAACAUCCGCAACGAGGACACCCCGAUGGGAGACAUAAAGGCGGUAACAGUACUACGUAACGGAGCCAUCAUCAUAGAAUUAGAUUCAGAACCCUUAGCCUCCUGGCUAUGAGACCCCACAGGACGCACCUUAUUUGAAGGACAGUUUGAUGCCACAGUAUCGUUCCGCUUCCGUACAUACGCUU